AUGUCGUUUGCCACGAAAAUGUGGGCGCGUCGACUCGCCACCGCCGCUCGCCCUGCCUUCACAGCUAAUCGAAUGACACCUGCUCUUCGUCCCAUGCGUCAAUGGCGUGGCAUGGCUGCUGUCGCUGGUCAACAAACUAUCGAUAACAUUCCCACCACCACCAUCACCGAAGACAACGACUUUGGCGUUGGCGAAGAAGAAGGUGAAUCCAAGAUGCGCAACUUUACCGUCAACUUUGGUCCUCAGCAUCCUGCCGCUCACGGUGUGUUGCGUCUUAUUUUGGAGUUAAACGGUGAAGAAAUCGUUCGAGCUGAUCCCCAUAUUGGUCUUUUGCAUCGUGGUACUGAGAAGCUUAUCGAAUACAAGACAUAUCUUCAGGCGCUUCCUUACUUUGAUCGUCUUGAUUACGUUUCCAUGAUGACCAACGAACAAGCCUACUCUCUCGCCGUCGAAAAGUUGCUCAACAUUGAAGUCCCUGAACGUGGUCAAUACAUCCGUACCAUGUUUGGUGAAAUCACUCGUAUUCUCAAUCACAUCAUGGCUGUCAUGUCUCACGCUAUGGAUGUUGGUGCUUUGACUCCUUUCUUGUGGAUGUUUGAGGAACGUGAAAAGCUUAUGGAAUUCUAUGAACGUGUCUCUGGUGCUCGUCUCCAUUCAGCCUACGUACGCCCUGGUGGUGUUGCAUACGACCUUCCCAUUGGUAUCUUGGAUGAUAUCCAUGACUGGGCCUUGCAAUUUGGUGACCGUGUCGAUGAAGUCGAAGAAAUGUUGAGCGGCAACCGUAUCUGGCAAAUCCGUACCGAACGUGUUGGUGUUGUCACUACCCAAGAAGCCAACGAUUGGGGUUUCUCUGGUGUCAUGGUUCGUGGUUCCGGUAUCAAGUGGGAUAUCCGUAAGUCUGCUCCCUAUGAUGCCUACGACAAGGUUGAAUUUGAUGUCCCCAUCGGCAAGAACGGUGACUGCUUUGAUCGUUACCUCUGCCGUAUCGAAGAAAUGCGUCAAUCCCUUCGUAUCAUCGGUCAAUGUGUCAAUCAAAUGCCCACUGGUCCCUUCAAGGUUGAUGACUGGAAGAUUGCUCCCCCACCCCGUGCUGCUAUGAAGGAGAACAUGGAAGCUUUGAUUCACCACUUCAAGCUUUAUUCGGAAGGUUACUCUGUUCCCCAAGGCGAGACCUACAGUGUCAUUGAAGCCCCCAAGGGUGAAUUCGGUGUCUUUUUGGUUUCUGAUGGUGGCAACCGACCUUACCGUUGCAAGAUCAAGGCACCUGGUUUCAACCACUUGCAAGGAUCUGAUUUCAUGUCCAGAGGCCAUUUGCUUCCUGAUAUGGUCGCCCUUAUUGGUACCAUGGAUAUUGUGUUUGGUGAAGUCGAUCGAUAA